AUGCGAGGCGGCGAGUUUGAUGAUAUCCGAACCGUUUGGAAAACCCACAAGGGUAUGCACGUGUAUCCCAGCCGUCGAACCCCAGACGGUUGUUUCGGGCUGUGCGUCCCGGGCGGCAGCCACAUUGCACAACAGGCAGCUGCCGCGACACAGCGACACGCACGAGCAUACACGCGGAACUGCUCGAAGCAGCGAGAAGGGGAGCGCAUGGCGACGCGAUACUCUGGAAUAUCGCUGGGCACCACCCAUGCCAACGCGGCAGUUGCAAUGUUUCGCCAGGGGCUUGGGCGCGCUGUGUGGGGUGCAGCGGCCGGGAUAAUGAUUCUCGUGUGCUGCGCGAGGCCUGCGCUUGGCAAGGAGGUCAAGGGGUUGUCGUUCUACCCUCCGUUCCAGAGCUUCAACGCUAGAGGGGACCGGACAGUUAGCGCGUUCAACCCCGUCGGCGCCGCUGUGGCGAAAGAGAGCUUCGUCAGGUUGACCCCGGACAUGAAGCAGCACUUCGGAUCGUUGUAUAGCCGCCUCAGCGGCCGCUUCAGUGAAGGGCCGGUCGGAGGGGAGUUUUCUCUUGCUAUGUCGUUUCGGGUAAGCGGGGAUGAGGAAAAGACCCACGGCAAAUACCUCGCCGUCAUUCUAGGCAACCCGGAUAUGAUUCGGAGAACAGGCGACACGUACGGUGUCCCCGAAGACUUCAUCGGCGUCGGCGUUGUGAUUUCGCCCCGCCCCCCCUCGGAUUUGUCGGACAUCUCGGGUGCCCCCAUGCGCACUCCGGGUCCACGACAGUUCGUGUCGUUCAUCGCCAACAACGGGACGAGGACCACGGAGGACGUGCGCAUGGCAGCCAACAGCUGCGCCUCGACUCUCCGCUACUACCAGGGCAGGGACGACUUCAACUUCCUCAGGAUGUCCCGCAUUCGCCUGGGCUAUUACGAUGGGGAGAUCAGCCUCGAGGUGGACGCGCGUAACGUGGGAGUUUGGAGGAAGUGCAUCACGACCAAGGUGACCGACAUGCCGGAGGGGUGGCUGGACAGGGCGGGGGUGAUCGUGGUGGGGGAGACGUCCAGGGAAGUGUCGAACAACCACGACGUCAUGAGCCUCGAGGUGUACACCGAGAAGAGCGAUGCCUUCGACGCGAAGAAGGUGGACGGGGACGUGGAGGAGGAUAACCCGGAAGCGGAUUUGGCCGAGCGCAAGAAGAAACGCAUGUACGCCUUCAAGGCACACCUCGAGCACGAGUUCGACGUGGUGGAGCGGGUCCUCAAGGACUCCGUAGAAAAGCUGGCCGAUGUCAAUGAAAGCAUGCAGAGCCGUAUCACGAAGUUGGAAAAGGACAUCAGCACCGAGGUGUUCUCUCAGUUGAACAGGCGCGUGAAAGACAUCGAGUCCAGGGUCACGAAGAACGCCACGCCGACGUUGGAAAACCGCCUCUCGGUGGCAAAGGAAUUGUGGUCCGGCGAGACCGGGGACUCGAUGGAAAUCUUGCUGAAAAAGAACACGGGAUACCGGCUACCCUUCUUCUUGGUGCUGGCCGUCGUGCUCGCCCUGUUCGCGGUCUCGUUGAAGCAAUACCGGAGGCUAAUGAGAUCCAACUUCCUGGGAGGCAUGCGAUAGCGCGAGAGGGUAGGCGGGAGGGGGGGGGGGGGGGNNGGGGGGGGGGGGGGGGGGGGGGGGGGGGGGGGGGGGGGGGGGGGGGGGGGGGGCGACAGACCACCAGGAAAGCUUUUUUGUGCCGAGUGGUAAACGGAGACCCACCGCCGCUGCUUGCGGGAAGAAGCGCGGGGCACCAGGCGGGGAAUUCUUCGGUCGUCGGGUGUACCUUACCCGUCUCGCCGCCUCGGCCUUAACUCAAUUUCAACGUGGACUGAAAGCGUAGCCGUCAACCGCAGUCGGACACGAAGUGUAUCUGUUUGGUCGUGUCACGGAUGUGCACGGGCAGAGUUAUCGCCACCUUUGAGAUCGAGAGGUCAUUGUAAGACACGGAUUGUCCAUACCGUUCGUUGUGUCGGGGGAGGGGCAUGGGUGAUUCACUGUGCCCCCACAAUAGCUCUUAUCUGCGUGGUCGUCAAACGGUGGUGCUAUGGAGUCUUCCUUGUUGUGUUCUUGCCUCCAGUACCUUGCAUUUGUUCUCAGGGUUGCGUGUACGAGACGUUGUAGUUGUGUCUUGUGCCAUCUGUCCGCUAUGGGUGUGGUGAAACGAAGAGCCACACGGCCUUGCUGCUGUUGCGCUUGGAGGUUUGGGCGUGGGGCUUGAGGAGAGCCUCGAUGUUUGGUAGGGUGCGAACGCCAUGUACCACAUAGUUUGUCCGUUUCUUGGUUUGUGUAUCUGUAUGAGAGUUUGUUGACUGUACCGUUACAGAGUGUCCAGCUUGCGAGUGUACUCCUGCUGUCCCCGCUGCUGUUUGAGACACACGAAUUAAGAGUGGCGCUUUGAACGACGGUGAUGUGUGGGGUGUUUUGAGGAAAAUGCCUCUUCGCAUUUUGAUGUGAGAGGAACGUUGGCACCGUAAGGGUGUGUGCGUGACUACAUUACGCCUCCCGCUCCGAUUUUGUUUUUGGGUAGAAGGCAAGGCAUGCAACGAGGCAGGGUAGAAGACUUGCCGACACUGCUUUUCCGUGCCUUUUUUUCUUUGUGCGGUUUCACCAAGUAAUAGUACAUUCGAUUGCGUGAGACGUUUUUUUUGUGUGAAGCUCUCGGAGCUCCCUUUCCCUUUGCGACGAUCCACCCGGAUGGCUGCAAGGGCUAAGUUCGUAUGCACUCGCCCCGCGGCCGCGCGACUUGGUUUUUAGAGAUCACGGUCCAGUGUUCAAUUAAGUUUAGGAGGGUCACGACAACUGUCUUCAGCACGCACUUGAAAUCAGAGUACUAAUUUAUUUUUUUGGUCAGCCGCAAUCAGAAACUGAC